AUGGCGAGACGACACGGCCUCGCCAACACCCCCCUCCUCCCUCUUCUGCUCCUCCUCCUCCUCCUCCUCCCCGCCCUCGCCGUCGACCCGACCUUUGAAGUCUACCCAAAAGAGGCCCAACCGUGCCUCUACGCCGCGGCCAAGGGGUCCCAGUGCUCCGGAGACACCGUUGAGGAACUCAACGCGUGCCUCUGCAGCGGCGGCGCCCCCGUGUCCGGCGGAAACGGCUUCGUGUACGGCACCGCCCUGUGCCUCGGUCCGACGGUCUCCGCCAGCGUGGUCGGCGACGUCUACGACCAGAUGAAGGUCAGCUGCGGCCCGACCCUCACGCCCGUCCGGUACACAAAGACCGAGUUCAUGGCCUGGGCCGCCGACGAGGCUGCCAAGGCCGCCUCCUCCUCUUCCACGACGUCAACAGUAGUAAAGACCAGCACCAUCCGCAGCAAGAUCACGGUGACCGAAUCGGCGUCGUCCUCGUCAACGUCGACAUCCUCGUCGUCCGCCGCGUCUGGAGCCACAGCCUCUACUACCUUGGCCACGUCCGCCUCACCCGGAGCCUCCUCCACCGCGUCUGCCACGGCAUCCUCCUCGCCCGGUCCGGCAAGCGCCACCGGCGACGACAACAAGGACACGCUCUCCACCGGGACCACUGUCGGCAUCGCGGUCGGCGCCUCCGUCGCCGGCCUCUCCGCCCUGGCCGGCCUCGCCUUCCUCCUCAUCCGCCGCUCGCACUACUCCGCAUCGACUUUUAGCGCCUCGCCGCCGCCGCCGCCGCCGGCACCGCUGCAGCCGCAGCCGCAAAACGUGGCGGAGAUGCCGGCCAUGAGCCAGGUUCCUCCCUCCCACAAGCAGCAGGAGCAGCCCAACUUCCUCGGCGCGUGGACGCUGCCGACCGGCGCGCCGUACAGGGACAGCCCCGGCCCCAACGUCGUCGACGACAACGCGCAUCAGCAUGCCGCCGGCGGCCCACCGCCGCCGCAGUCGAAGCCGCCGGGCGGCAUCUUCGAGCUCGACUCGGGGGGGUCGGUCGUCGCCGUUCCACAGCAGGGGUACCAACAGUACCACCAGUCGGGUUGGCAGCCGAUUGCGCAGCAGCCGGGUCCGCCGAGAGACUACAGACCGUACAUGCCUCAGUGA